GGAUCUGUGAGUGUGCAGAAGGAGGGUGUGAUCCACAGGAGUAUGGCUAAGAGCCAGGUCUUUGUUUCCAGCGGCCCUUAUGCCAGUUUAACUCACUCAGGCAAUAAUGAGCUGGGAUGGGCAGCCCUGACCAGGGCUCGGGGAGGUCUGUCUGGGGAGGAUCUUUGAGUUGAAGAAGGGAAGGCGGAGUCUCACCUGGAGGAGUGACUGGGGAGAGAGGAAGCAGCUGCAGGUGACAGUGAAAGAGGGACAAGAGGAGGAGGGGUUUGUAGCCUUAGAGAGGAGGGUGCAACACUUUCAGGAUCUUUGGUGCAUAGUAGAUAGGAGGGGCAGGGAAAGUAACAGCCACUGCAGGUGGAGAGGGAGUGGCGAAGUGUGGGGGAGGAAGGACAGUUCCCUGGGGGAACUUGUUCGCUGCCAGGAAUAGCGGGAAGUUGGGGGUGGGGAAUAGAGGCAGAAGAAGUGAGCAAAGCUGGAGGAGGUAGGGAGCAUGGAUUCCUAGCUGCGCCAGGUACAGGUUCAGCCAGAGCCAGGUGGCCCGCCGGGAGCCUCAGGGUGACCUCUGCGUGAGGGAUCCAGGCAGAAGAAGCAGGUGCCAUGGCCUGGAGCUGGUGGCUGCAGCAGGUGCUGCUCCUCACCUGGCUGCCUGCAGGCUGCCUUUCCCUGCUGGUCACAGUACAGGAUAAGGAGCGUUACACCACGCUCUUUGCAUCUGUGAUCCUCCAGUGUGACUACAGCACCUCAGCGCAGCUACAGGAUGUCAUAGUGACUUGGCGCUUCAAAUCCUUCUGCAAGGAUCCCAUCUUUGAUUACUACUCUGCCUCCUACCAGGCUGGUUUAGCUCUUGGCCAGGACCCAUCAGAUGACUGCAAUGAUAGUCAGCGGGAGGGCCGCAACAUCAUUCAGAAACGUGGACAGAAUGAGCCUGUGCUUGGCACAGAUUACAGACAGCGCAAGAUCACCAUUCAGAACCGAGCAGAUCUUGUGAUUAAUGAAGUAAUGUGGUGGGACCAUGGAAUGUACUACUGUAUUGUUGAAGCUCCAGGAGACACAUCUGGUGACCCUGACAAAGAGGUUAAGCUAAUUGUUUUACAUUGGCUAACCGUGAUCUUCAUCGUUCUUGGUGGUCUCCUCUUGCUCUUGCUGAUUGGGGUGUGCUGUUGCCAGUGUUGUCCCCAAUACUGCUGCUGCCAUAUCCAGUGUCCCUGCUGCCCAACUCGGUGCUGCUGCAAUGAAGAAGUUUUGGCACGACACCGGUUCCUGAAGCAGACUCGUUCCCUUGUGCCAUGGAUGUCACAAUCUCCAUUCUACGUGGGAGGUGACAAGAACUCCCAACUCUCUACCUACCAGCUAAACCCACUGCUGCAACGAGAUGUCUCUCUGCAGAGCAGCCUCCCCAUGGUGCCAUCACAGGGGCAUUUGCCUCCCAGCAACAGGGUCUUGGACUAUCUGGAAUCUGAGAUCCAAAAAUUCAACCCCUCCCAACCCUUGCCACCCUCCCAAAAAAUUGGGGCUGGCCAGCAUUCCAGCAUCCUUUCCUCCCUGAACUCGGAGAUCGUGGAGCGUAGAGUAAUCCAUCUGCCUCCCAUCAUCGAGCGUGCCCCUUCCUCACAGAGGACCAGCAGCUCGUCACGCCUGCAGCGAACUGCCCGGACCGCAGGAUCCUGGGACUCUGCAACAGAAGAUGAGAGGGAAAACAGGAGGCGACACCAGUCUCAGGAUGGAGAUUCCUACUCCACCUAUGAGCAGGGGUCCUGGGACAGGUGGCGAGACCAGCAUCCUCGAAGGCAGAGGGAUGCCAGCUACAAUAGCAGACGCCAGAGCUCCCGACGGGACACGUCACCUACAAGACAGCCAGAAAGGGGUAGGAAUGGUGGCAACUUCAACUCCUAUUCUGGGGAGGGAGAAACCAGGGGGCACUCAGGGCGCCACUAUGACUCAAGGCCCCAGACCUCAGGGAGACGAAACCAUCAGCGCCCUACCAGACGGAGCAACAAUUCAGAGAACUGGAAGCGGCGGCGGCCUCGCAGCUACUCUCCGCCAUCAGGGAGAGAGUCAUGGAGCUCUAUGGAUGAGCGGGAGCAUUCCCCAGCAACCCGCAGGCCACGCCACCACCGUUCCCCAAACUGGCCCGAAGACAAACCUCCCAGUUACCGCUCACUGGAGAUCAUCCCAACCAAGAGUGGCAAGCCCAGAAACAGCACAGGGCAGCAAUCGGAUCGAGGAAGCUCCCGCAGUGGAAGAAGCGUUGUCAUCUAAUGCGUGCUGUGCUGAAAGGGCCAAGAUUCCUUAUGGUUCUGCUUUGCCGGGGUCCCUCUCUGCCUUUCCUGCACAUACAUUGAUAUGACUGCUUCUGAUUGUUGCAGGUCUCCUGCUCAGGAGGAUAAAGCAGGUCCCCACUGCAUUUGUGACUGAGGAAAUCUGUGCCUAAGGGCCACAAGAUGCCUGGCUUGUAAUACCAUCUAAAUGCCUUGAUACCUGUUCCCUACCCAAGGAAUUUAAGUAGUUAACAGGCCAUGGUUUGAAAGCAUUCCUUUUGAAGGGAAGACAUUUUUUUUUUUCUGUGUUCAGCACCACAAAAGCAUGUUUCUCUGCUAUGAGCCUGCCUUUUCAUCUGGUUGGGUGUCCUGGAACUAAGAAGGAAGUCCUUGGAACACUCCUCCUUUGCAAACUGCUCACCCAGUUAAUACUCAGGCAGAACCCAUAGGGUGACAGGACGUGUCUUAUUUCUUUGAUUCAGGAUGCCAGCAAGUAUGGUGUGAGUGAGUGUAAGAUUCACCAGCAAACAUCUGAUUGUACACUGUGAUAAUGAAGUAGUUUCCUGUUUGCCCCUUAAUGGACUCAAGUAAACUUGUUUCUGUGAGGUAAUGGAAACAUCAAAAUGCCUUACUGCAUCUGGCGAUAGCUGCACAUACCCAGAGAGCUCUCAGCAACUUCUGUGCUUGAUGAACAUUACUAGCUGGUUCCUUUUGUAUUGAUAAAUCCAUCUGCCCCAGCACAAAGAUCUACCAAGGUUCAGGUAUUGCAGGCUGCUGUUUUAUUCUCAGGGCCUAAGAUGGUGGGCAGCUACUCCCCUGGGUACUGUGGUCCUGAUUUUUUUUUUUUUUUUUUUUUCAAAAUUACUGAGCUUGUCCAACCUGCAUUUGAAGCCAUGGGGAGCAGGAGAUGUCCCAACAGCUCUGAAAAUCAUGACCUGUAUGGAUAUCUCUUUGGAGGAAUCUACCCUUUCCCCAGCAUCUUCUCUGCUUAGCUUUCCCCUGUUGCUCCUUAUCCUCCCAAAUUUGGUAUACGAGGGAAAUGGACUCUAGGAGAAAUCUUUCAGUCUUGCAUUCUGCUCUUAGUAGUGCUGUUACAAAGCUAAUCCUUACUGUCCACCCCAGUGAUUCUCAAUGAGGGUCUUGCCGCACCCUGGGGUGCCUUGAGAUACUUUCAAGGGUAUUGAGGGGUGCCACAUAAUGUUAGCAUGAGAAAUUUCAAAUAGGAAUCCAGAGUGUUAAAAACAUUCUGACUUGUUGGGGUCUUUCUGAGUUCUUUGUAACAGGAAAACUGAUUUAUUAGUUUUUCAUUCAUUUUUUGACUACAGAAAAGAAGGGUGCAUUUUCUGAGGGGUGCCUUGAGUCCUAUUGAGGGAUGUUUCAAGUCCAAAACCCCACACGUUGUUCAUCUGAUCUGUAGCAUGGAGACUGCUGGACUGUGGAGGGGAUUGCCUGUUAGCUUACCCUGUGGGUGUGUCUGCAUGUACUUUUACUGCAGACCAAUAAACUCCGGAGCUUAUUGCUUAUCCAGAGCUUUUUGUUCCAGGGUGUACCAUUUGAUCACGUGCUAGGGAGCAAAAAAUUCCAGAGCAAAUUGCCUCGGAGUUUACUCAUGCAUACCACAUGGAUCCUGGUCAGAGUAGUCCAGGUUGGCAGGGGACCCAGGGAGUCAGCCUGCCAGCCCAGGGCUGCUGUGAUUGGGCUCUGUGUGCUGCAGGGGGGCUGGCUGGGGUGCAGAGUGCCUUAGCACGGGGCUAGCUGGCAGGCAGCCCCCACACAGAGGCACACUGUGCCCCAGCCAGCUGCGGAGCAGCACAUGGAGAUGGGGGAGCAGCCAGCCCAGGGCUACUCCUCUGUCUCCAAGUGCUGCAGAGCCCCCUUGCUGAGGCACACUGUGGCCCAGCCAGCUGCAGAGCGGUACUCUGAGAUGGGAGCAGCCAGCCCUGGGCUGGCUGCUCCCCCAUCUCCAUGUGCUGUGGAGCCCCUGUGAGGCAUGUGGCGACAGGGAAGCAGCCAGCUCAGGGCUGGCUGCUCCCCCAUCUCCGUGUGCUGCAGAGCGGCUGGCUAGGGUGCAGGGUGCCUCAGCAUGGGGGCUGCCUACUGACUAGCCCUGCACUGAGGCAAUCUUCCCUGUCAGGGCAACAUCUACACAUGCACUGCUGCUCACAAAAAAACUCCGCAGUGGGGGUAGUACUUGUAUUUUACAAGACCGCCCUGCUACAGAUUUUAUUAGUUCUGUGUGCCCUAAGAAAUGUUUACUGUAAAGUUCAUUGGUCAACUAUGUAGUAAACUUCUCACGUAGAUGCACCCUGUAUUUACUAGGAGAGAGAUUGCUUUAAAAAACUAAUUUCUGUAGGAAAAACAGCAAGUGACUUUCUUGAUGCGAUUGGUUUGCCACUUUGAAUAUGCAACAGAAAAACCCUUCCUUGGAUGUUCAUAGAAUCAUAGAAAAUGAGGGUUGGAAGGGACCUCAGGAGGUCAUCUAGUCCAACCCCCUACUCAAAGCAGGAUCAUCCCCAACUAGCUCAUCCCAGCCAAGGCUUUGUUGAGCCAGGCCUUAACCUCCAAGGAUGGAGAGUCCACCACCUCUCUGGGUAACCUGUUCCAGUGUUUUACUACCCUCCUAGUGAGAAAAGUCUUCCUAAUAUCUAACCUAAACUUCCCUUGUUGCGAGUUGAGACCACCGUUCCUUGUUUUGUCAUCACCACGAACAGUUCAGCUCUACCCUCUUUGGCCCCACUCUGCAGGUAGCUGAAGGCUGCUAUCAGAUCCCCUCUCAGUCUUCUCUUCUGCAGACUUAAUAAGCCCCUCUCCUCGGAAGUCAUGUGCCCCAGCCUCCAAACCAUUUUCAUUGCCGUCCACUGGACUCUCUCCAACUUAUUCACAUCCUUUCUAUAGUGGGGGCCCAAAACUGGACACAGUACUGCACUGCAGAUGUGGCCUCACCAGUGCUGAAUAGAGGGAAAUGAUCACUUCCCUUGAUUUGCUGGCAGUGUCCCUACGAAUGCAGCCCAGUAUGCUGUUAGUCUUCUUGGCAACAAGGGCAUAUUGCUAACUCAUCCAUCUCACUAUAACCCCCAGGCCCUUUUCUGCAGAGCUGCUGCCCAGCCAGUCAGCCCCCAGUCUGUACUGGUGCAUGGGAUUCUACUGCCCUAAGUGCAGGCCUCUGUGCUUGUCCUUAUUGAACCUCAUGAGAUUUCUUUUGGCGUAAUCCUUCAUGUUGACUGGAUGCUUCCCAUCCCCACAGUAAAACUGCUUUGCAAAGGCACCUUCCUGAAUUGAGGAUGAUCAGCACUCUGGGCACUGCUUGUGCGUUUUGUAAUUACAGGUCUUGACCAACCUAGUCUCUAUGGUUACAUCAUCCAGUUCAUUUUUUCAAGGUUGUUGCCAUGAGGACAUUUUCUACUGUUUGUUCUAGUUUUAAAUGUUCCAAUCCAAUAUGAGAAGACAUAUAGUGGAGCAAGUGGCUUUUCCCUUCCCUGGGGCUGCAUAUACACCAGAUAAUUACACUGAUAUAUGGAUAAAUGUUUAUCCUGGGCACAUAUCCCCAGCUCAAUUCCAUGGUUUUGCUUGUAUUUGUACUGUACCAUCGCAGUAGCAGUACUUUUUUGGGUGUCCCAGCAUGACUGUCUGAAGCAGUGGCAGCUAGGUUCAGAAUCUGCUAGGGGGCUGGAGAAUAUAUUGCUUUCCCACAGUCCCCUGUGUACCAGUGAUAUUUCUGGGUCCAUAUCUUGGGAUGGAGGCCAAGAUAAACAUACACCUCCCUCUUCUUGAUCAGCAAGAAACUUUGCCAGGUUUUCCUUGGAGGUCUGCAGUUGGUGGCCAGUCCUGCAGAGGCUGAAACAGGGACUUUCAGAGCUAAAAGCAUGAGUCUAUUUAUGGCUUGAAUUCAAGAAUUAGUCUCUAUUCCAGGUGACUGUAACAAACUGCUUUCUGGCUCCUAUGCAGAGAGGCAUAUGUAACUUGCACUUACAAAUGAGUUAAACUUGCUCCAUGCUGGAUUAACUGGUCUCGUAUAGUAUUUGGGGGUGAUGCUCAUCAGGUAGAGAUGCUCUUGCAUCUGGUCAAUAGCUGAAGGAUGGUGUUAUCAAGUUGACCAUCAAGUAACCAGGAGUGGCUGGCUAACUUCAGGUGAAAGGACAAGAUUUUGUCUGUGCUUCUGUUGCACUAGCCCUGAUACUGCAGCAACUGGAACAGAAGAAAGAGGGCUGUAUUCCUCCUGGGAAAUGACCCUCUGAGAUUUGAUCACUGUGGAUGGAUCUUGUUUUGAAUUUCAAAAGGCUGUAAUCAUGUGCUGGUGGUGGGACUUGCAUAGUUUGGAUGGUUUAUGAUGUUGUUGGUCAUGGCUGCUUAAUAGUUUGUAUCAGUUAUGAAAAGGCUAUGAUGAUUGCACUGAUAUUAAAGAAUGACUUUCCUUCACAA